UGAGAGGUCGGAGGGGACAGGAGCUGGCUGAAUGGACACGGGGAUACAGGGUGGAGAGGAGGAGUGUGCUGUCUCGUUACGGGGAGAGCAGCUAGGAGGACACAGCAAGGUGUGUAUAGCUUUUUGUAUGCGAGGCUGCCUUGAUUUGUAAACUUUCACUUAAAGUACAAUUAAAAAAAUAAAAGCACACCACAGCAAAAUACAAACUAAACAAAGACCUUAUUUAGUCAAACAUGGGAGCUGAGCAGGUAGAAGGAAAAGAUCAAUGGAUAUAUAGCAUCCCCUGACUGGGUUUUACACCCAGCAUGUUCUUGGCUUUAUAUUUAGGAUCUUUUUACCUUUUCCCUGUCGUGCAUCCCAAGGUGAAAGAAGUUGCCAGGGACAGAAAACAUGGCAGCCAGUGGGAAGACAAGUAAGUCUACCCAAAACCAUGUCAUCUUCAAGAAGGUCUCCCGGGACAAGUCGGUAACGAUCUACCUGGGGAAGAGAGACUACAUAGACCAUGUCAACCAAGUAGAACCUGUGGAUGGAGUUGUGUUGGUUGAUCCCGAGCUGGUCAAGGGGAAGAAAGUUUAUGUCUCUCUGACCUGUGCCUUCCGCUACGGCCAGGAAGACAUCGACGUGAUUGGCCUGAGCUUCCGCAGGGACCUGUAUUUCUCUCGGGUGCAGGUGUACCCUCCUGUGGGGGCUGCGAACGCCCCCACAAAACUGCAGGAGAGUCUGCUCAAGAAGCUGGGGGCCAACACCUACCCCUUUCUACUCACGUUUCCUGACUAUUUGCCCUGCUCAGUGAUGUUGCAGCCAGCUCCACAAGAUGUGGGAAAGUCCUGUGGGGUCGAUUUUGAGGUCAAAGCAUUUGCCGCAGAUAACACAGAUGGUGAAGAGGACAAAAUUCCCAAAAAGAGCUCUGUGCGUCUGCUGAUCCGUAAAGUACAGCAUGCUCCGACGGAGAUGGGCCCUCAGCCCCAAGCUGAGUCGGCCUGGCAGUUCUUCAUGUCGGACAAGCCCCUGCACCUUGCAGUCUCCCUCAGCAAAGAGAUCUAUUACCAUGGGGAGCCCAUUCCUGUGACAGUGACUGUGACCAAUAACACAGAGAAAACAGUGAAGAAGAUUAAAGCGUCAGUGGAACAAGUGGCAAAUGUGGUCCUCUACUCCAGUGACUAUUACGUCAAGCCGGUGGCCACGGAGGAAACGCAAGAGAAAGUGCCCCCAAACAGCACUUUGACCAAGACGCUGACCCUGGUGCCCUUGCUGGCCAACAACCGCGAGAGGCGGGGCAUCGCCCUGGACGGGAAAAUCAAACACGAGGACACCAACCUGGCCUCCAGCACCAUCAUUAAGGACGGCAUAGACCGGACGGUGCUGGGGAUCCUGGUGUCCUACCAGAUCAAGGUGAAGCUCACAGUGUCAGGCUUUCUGGGAGAGCUCACCUCCAGUGAAGUGGCUACUGAGGUGCCGUUUCGCCUCAUGCACCCCCAGCCUGAGGACCCAGCAAUGGCAAAGGAAAGUUUUCAGGAUGAAAAUUUGGUGUUUGAGGAGUUUGCUCGCCAAAAUCUGAAAGAUGUGGUGGAAACCGAGGAAGGAAAGAAAGACAAGGAAGAGGACGAAUGAAGAGGUGGCCGGGGAGGGGAAGUGGCCUGAAGUUAGACCAGGCGACUGGCGAAGCCUGAGACUUAGCACUUUAGAGUGAUGCUAGAGAGAAAGCACGAGUCUUCGUUACAGAAAUAAAGUUGUGCGUCUUGCCCUGUUUGAGUCGGGCUGAUUUGCUGGGGAGGCUAAGCUGAUGUCGCUGACACAGAAGCUGUAGACUUCAGGGUCCCUGGCAUCUUCAGGGAGUGGCCAGGGAGGCCAGCCAUGUACAGAAGGGCUUGACCCUGACUACUCAUAACUUACGCUGGGAUGACCUCACGAACAUAACCAAGAAAACCCUAUUUCCAGACAGGAUCACGUCCGCAGGUACAAAGGUCAGGAACUCAACAUGUGUUUUGGGAGGGAUACAAUUCAAUCCACAGCAAGCAUUAAUAAUGAUGAUACCGACACAGGCAGAAGCCUGGGCCUUUGGCCUGUGAGUCUUCAGGGCCAAACACAGUCACCUGUUCCUUUGUCCUCUGUGCUAAGGGAAUGGCAUGGUAUCGGGGUAACCUAGUACCUUCUCUAAGGGAACCCAGGCACAGGGACUAUCAGGGUGACUCAUUCCUUGAGGCUUCUAAGACUCUCUGUCCAUGGUCUCCCUGGGCCCUCCCCUCCAGUUGUCCUCCAGACCCAAAGUUGGCUCUGGUUGGCUCCUCCAGGAGCCUUGGGCCAAGCCGUGAUCCAGGGAUUCAUCUUACUGUGCCUGGUGGGAGCUGGGCACUGGGGAGAAGACCAGCUGUGGGGUCCCUACAUCACUUGACCCCAGGACAUCCUGAGUCAGGGUGGACAUUAAUAGGCCUGACCUUUGGAACAGUGCAGGUGGGGAGAGCCAGAGAAGAGUGCUGAAAGACAAGCCCCUGGAGACCAGAGGUCAGAACAACCCUUGUACGCCCAGUUAUUUUGGUACCAAAGCAUCGGACACAAACCUCCAGGUGCUGGCUCUGUUUGUGGGCUGCAGCUGGCCACCUGGGGAAGGCAGGAAGUGAGCAGAAAACAGAAUGUGGAAGCUUGGCUCGGCUCUGCCUGCUCACAUGCUCUGCCUGCUCACAGUGGGUCAUCUCUGCUGGCACAGCCCUCCGUGUGCAGCUGGCCGUGGGCCCUGGGUUUGGGGGCAGGUGCAGCGGAAGAAGCAGACUGUGAAGGGGUUGAGGGUGCUACCUGGUUGGCGCAUGUGCUGAAGUGUAAGGACCACUCCCUGGCCUCUUGGUUGUCAAUUUCUGCUAACACAUGGAUCUUUUUGACUGGGUUGCUUUCAUGUAUGUUUUGUAUCCCCAGAGAUGUUGUUGUUGUUGGGGGCUGUCGAGUCUAUUUUGACUCAUAGGGACCCCAAGUAACAGAACACAACUGCCCCCAUAGGGUUUUCUAGGCUGUAAUCUCUACAGGAGGAGAUCGCCAGGAUUUUCUCCCUUAGCUGGCUGGGUUCAAAUCAACAACUUUUCAGUUAUCAGAGAGAGUGGUGGCUGAAAACUUGGGAGAAAGCUCUGCAAUCAGCAAGCAAAGGUUCAGUGAAGCAGUGAUAUGUGCCAAAUAGGAGGGCCUGCCAGGUACCUUGCAGGUGUUACCACGAAUGGUUCCAACGAUGCUUGUGAGUUGGUACUGUCAUUCCCAUUUGUUAGAUGAAGAAGCUGGAGUUCAGAGCUUGGCUGCUAACCAAAAGGUUGGCAGUUUGAAUCCACCAGCUGCUCCCUGGAAAUCCUAUGGGGCAAUUCUACUCUGUCCUAUAGGGUCGCUAUGAGUUGGAAUUGACUGGACAGCAGCAAGGUUUUUUGUUUUUGUAUAUACUUGACCAAAGGUAGUGGUAGAAUUCUCACCUUCCAUAGGGAGACCUGGGUUUGGUUCCCGGCCAAUGCAUCUCAUGUGCAGCCACGACCCACCUGUCAGUGGAGGCUUGCAGGUAGCUUUGAUGCUGCACAGGUUUCAGCAAAGCUUCCAGACUAAGGUGGACUAGGAAGAAAGGCCUGGCAACCUACUUCUGAAAAUCAGCCAGUGAAAACCCUGUGGAUCACAGUGGUGUGAUCCACAAUCAAUCAUGGGGAUGGAGCAGGGGAUGGCACAGAACCGGGCAGUGUUUUAUUUUCUUGUGCAUGGGGUCGCGGUGAAUCUGGGGCUGACUCAACAGGAGCUAAGAACAACAAUGUGUACCUUAUCUAAGGUCACAUAGCUAGGGAGAGUCGGAGCCAAAACUUGAGCUCUGGUUUCUCUAACUCCAGAACUGUAGCCACCCUAGGGUGCUAAAUAAGAGAGUCCGAGAGUUUGUUGAGUCAGGAGCUGUGGCUGGAGGAGGAAAUGAGCAUUUAUGGCUCAACUAUGGCUGCCUUUCUUUCUAAAGUUCUUAUUGAGAAAAUUGUAGAUUCCCUCGUGGCUGUAGGAAAUAAUACAGAGAGAUCCUAUAAACCCUUCACCCAGUUUUCCCAAUGGUAACAUCCUUCAGCACUCUAGUGCAGCCUCACAACCAGGAUAUUGACAUGGACACAGUCCACCCAUCUCAUUCAGGUUUCUCGUUUCACCUGUGAUCCUGUGUGUGUAAAUUUAGUUCUGCAUAAGGUGUACAGUAAUUCACUUCUCUUUAAGUGUCUGCUUUCCUACUCCUUUGGCAUUUUUUAUUGCUUUUC